AUGGCAGAAGUUAACAAAAAUUGCUUUCUUCUCUUCUUUUUUGUAUCAUUUGUUGUAAUCAUCCCAACCCUUCAUGCCAACAUUGCUGAAUACGAUGAUUACUGGAAGCAAAGAGCUGCCCAAGCCGAAAAAGACAACCAUGAAGCCUAUAAUCCUGAUCCUGAGGAAGUCACAAAUAGCUUCAACUCUCAUGUCAACAAGGCUUUGGAUGGCGCUAACAGCACAAGAAGACAAUUGAAAAAGUAUAAAGGCCCAUGCGUGGCCACCAAUCCUAUUGAUCGAUGCUGGAGGUGCGACCCCGAAUGGUACAAUCACCGCAAGAGGCUAACUAAAUGUGUCCUUGGCUUUGGCCACAAGACUAUUGGUGGAAAAAAGGGAAAGUACUAUGUGGUCACAGAUUCCUCAGACGGUGACAUGGUCAAUCCCAAACCUGGGACUCUCAGACAUGCUGUGAUUCAAAAGAAGCCCCUCUGGAUUGUGUUUGCACGCAGCAUGGUCAUUAGGCUUAAUCAGGAGCUAAUCAUGACUGGACACAAAACCAUUGAUGGUAGGGGAGCUAAUGUUCGUAUUGCUUAUGGUGCUGGCAUUACUCUCCAAUUUGUCAAGAAUGUGAUCAUCCAUAACAUCCAUAUCCAUAACAUUGUUGCUGGAAGUGGUGGAACUAUUAGGGAUAGUAUUGACCACGUUGGUUUUAGGACCCCUAGUGAUGGUGAUGGUAUCUCUAUCUUUGGCUCAUCCAAAAUCUGGAUCGACCAUGUUUCCAUGUCUAAUUGCCAAGAUGGUCUCAUUGAUGCCAUCAUGGGUUCAACUGCUAUUACCAUCUCCAAUUGCCAUUUCACCCACCACAAUGAGGUGAUGUUGUUUGGAGCAAGCGAUAGCUUCUCUGGCGACAAGAUAAUGCAAAUUACAGUUGCCUUCAACCAUUUCGGCCGGGGAUUGGUGCAGCGGAUGCCAAGGUGCCGAUGGGGAUUCGUCCAUGUGGUUAACAAUGAUUACACUCACUGGCUCAUGUAUGCCAUUGGUGGUAGCAGCAGUCCUACUAUUAUCAGUCAGGGUAAUCGAUUCAUCGCUCCUCCAAACCUGGCUGCUAAAGAGGUGACCAAGAGGGACUAUGCAGAACAGGGUGUCUGGCAGAAUUGGAGAUGGAGAUCACAGGGUGAUCUGAUGAUGAAUGGUGCAUUCUUCGUUCAAUCUGGGGCUCCACUUAAAACUCAUGGUUUCUCAAAGAAGCAAUUGAUCAAGAGUAAACCUGGCACAUAUGUGAGAAGACUCACUCGCUUCUCAGGCACAGUAAGAUGCAGAAAGGGCAUACCUUGUUAAGCCUUUUCCAGUUUCAUUUCAUAGUUCUAAGCAAAAGAUUCACCACCUUGUGUUUUUUAAGGUUAGGA